AUGUUUUCUAGAACUGACAGAAAUGUUGACGCAUUGGCUGGGGAUAUGAGCCAAUUGAGUUUUGACUCAGCAGCUAAUAAUCGAUUUGCUUAUCCAACAGGCACUCCUUCUAGACACAGGAACACUAGACAUGGCGGGACACCUACACCCUCUCCUACCAAAUCAGCUCUUUUUGCAGGGGAUGAAAGCUCUAAGAUGGAUAUUGAUGACACUACUGCAGAAAUCGAGCUCAUGAACUCUCCAAAGAAACUACCACAAGGUUUCCACAGAACAGCAUCUUCUGCUAAAACUCAGAGACUAGUGAGCGUGUGCAAAAUGUACUUUUUGGAUUACUACUGUGAUAUGUUUGACUAUGUCAUAAGUAGAAGACAACGUACUAAAAAGGUGUUGGAGUAUUUAGAAGAACAAAAGACUUUAGAGAAGAUACCCAACAGCGCAUUGAAUGAUGAAUGGUACGGUUACCUCCAGAAAGAAAAUGAAGUAUUAAGAAAAAGGAGGCUGAAACCAAAACAUAAAGAUUUUGAAAUGAUAACACAAGUUGGCCAAGGUGGUUAUGGUCAAGUUUACUUGGCCAGGAAAAAAGAUACGAAGGAAGUAUGUGCCUUGAAGAUUUUAAAUAAAAAGUUACUCUUCAAACUUAAUGAAACAAAUCAUGUGCUGACAGAAAGGGAUAUUCUUACUACGACAAGAUCUGAGUGGCUAGUUAAAUUACUAUAUGCAUUCCAGGAUCCUGAAAGUCUCUUUUUGGCAAUGGAAUUCGUCCCAGGUGGUGACUUCCGGACCUUAUUAAUCAAUACUAGAUACCUGAAAAGUGCACACGCAAGAUUUUAUAUAAGUGAAAUGUUCUGUUCUGUGAACGCCUUACACGAACUAGGGUAUACUCACAGAGAUUUGAAACCAGAAAAUUUCCUAAUUGAUGCUAAAGGACAUAUAAAAUUAACCGAUUUUGGUUUGGCUGCAGGUACUGUAUCAAAUGACAGAAUUGAAAGUAUGAAAAUAAGGCUACAAGAGGUUAAGAAUCUUGAAUUUCCUGAAUUCAAAGAAAAAUCCAUAGAAGAUAGAAGACAAAUGUACCAUUCUUUAAGACGAACAGAAGUAAAUUAUGCAAAUUCUAUGGUAGGUUCUCCAGACUAUAUGGCGUUGGAGGUUCUUGAAGGUAAAAAAUAUGAUUUCACUGUUGAUUAUUGGUCUCUGGGCUGUAUGCUAUUUGAAAGUUUAGUUAGUUAUACCCCGUUUAGUGGUUCAUCUACUAACGAAACGUACGAAAAUUUAAGACACUGGAAACAAACUUUAAGAAGGCCACGUCUAGAUAAUGGUAGACCCGCUUUCUCGGAUAGAACAUGGGAUUUAAUUACAAGAUUAAUUGCUGACCCAAUAAGUAGAUUAAGAUCUUUCGAACAUGUCAAGAGAAUGCCUUAUUUUUCGGACGUCAACUUCGACAGUUUAAGAAAUAUGUCGCCACCAUUUAUCCCACAACUGGAUAGUGAGACAGAUGCUGGGUAUUUCGACGAUUUUACAAACGAAGCUGAUAUGGCCAAGUAUGCAGACGUCUUCAAGAGACAAAAUAAACUUUCUGCAAUGGUUGAUAACGCUUCGGUUGACUCAAAGUUAGUAGGCUUCACUUUCAGGCAUAGAAAUGGUAAGCAAGGCUCCAGUGGUAUACUUUAUAACGGUUCUGAACAUUCAGAUCCAUUUGCCACAUUUUACUAG